AUGGCCCAGGAAGAAAAAAGUGAAGAACGGAAUAGAGAUGUGAGUGGCAAUAUGGCAGGCAGAGCAGAAGACUAUCUCGAAUCACUUCUCACUGAUGCCUUUAAGGGGAAAGGAUUUGAAAAAAUAAGUGAACUGCUUCAAGAGAGAGAAGUAGAGCCUCCCCAGAAAUACAGUGAAUCUCUUUUUAGCCAGCUAGACAAAGCACUGAGAAAGGAGCUGGACAAGAAUGAAUUCCAGAAUGUUUCACUGCUGCUGAAAUGUAUUCAGGUCUACUUUAAAAGUGAUUUCCAAGAAGGGAAGAGUUUGUUUAUUGAGCAAGGACUGGUAGCGAAGCUGGUAUCUUGGUUUGAAAGAGCAAGAGCAUCUGUGAUCCUCAUCGACCCAAAUGAGAAUAAAUUUUUUGAAGACUUCUUUGACACUGCAUUGGUGAUUUGCAAAUGCAGUAAUGAAGCUGUCUUUUAUAUGGAGACCAGCCCAUUUCUAGCUGUAACCUUUCAAAAUACAUUUCCAGGGAAGAAAGAUCUGCUGAAUUUAUUUCUACCUGAACUAGGGCAUCUAGUGACAGAAGCAAAUCUUUGCUGCACUCUACAUCUGGAGGCUUUGAGGACCCUUAACUCUAUACUCGACAAUGUCACACGGGAAGAGAGAAAGCAAUUCCCUCUGUCUGAGGAAAUGUGCUCGCUCACGAAAGACCUUGCCAAAACUAUUCUGGAGGUUGGUGAUUAUGACCUCCAGGUUGCCCUUUCAGAAGCACUAUGUAGGUUAAUGAUAAAAAAAUGGAGAGAUGACCUUGUUCACCACUGGUUUGAAGAUAACUAUCUUGCUGAAGCUUUCAAAGAGAUCAAGGAUAGAGAAUUUGAGACGGACUGCAGAAAAUUUCUUAACCUGCUGAAUGAAAGGCUUGGGAAUGAAAGAAGAGUGUAUUCGUUUCCAUGCAUAUCUGCUUUUGCUGACACGAAGGAGGUGAAGAAGCCAUCAGAUGAAAAACUGGAGGAGUUUUGGAUUGACUUCAACACUGGCAGCCAGAGUGUGACUUUCUAUGUGGAUAGUAAUGAGGGCUUUCUUUGGGACUCUGUGAGGCUGUCGAAAGAAGCUGUCAGCAGUUACAGGCUGGAGGAGGAUGGUGGACAAAAGAUUGUUAAAAUUUUUAUGAAGAAACCUGCUGCUCUUACCAAAACAGAAGCAACAAAAAUCAAACUGGUUUUCAGUGCUGAGUUUGAAAUCUUAGGUGUACUUAAAAAAGUCCUGGGAGUUGAAAAAUUUAUGAUAAAUGAGACUGAAGAGAAGUCUGUCCAUGCUGGGAAGCAAGCCAGGGAGAAUGAAGCAGUGAUAGCUGAGUCUUCUAAUGCACAAAGGAGGAAAGAUCCCUCAAAUUCUGAAAACAUGGAGACUUUAUCAGACAACUUAACCUCUGAGAACAGCCAGCAGUUAACACGCACAGUAGCAGUAAGUCAGAAAAUGGUGAACUCUGGUGUUGCCGUGGUUACAGUGAGCCAGCAAACUGACCUGGAAGAUGCUAACCAAGGCUCAGGUCAGGUUUCAGUUCCUAAAGCUAAAGCUAUGGUUUCUUUGCCUUCUUCAGCAAAAAAGUCCAAAACUCCAUCUCCAGGAAUGAAAGCUAAGCCUAGUGAGAAGCCCCUAGAAGAAGAACCCAGGGAGGAGGAAACACCAAAGGAUGUUGCCUGGGAAAAGAGAAACAGGAAAACAAGUUUGGCCAAGCAAAGGGAUGAAGACAGGAAGGAAGUCUUUGACUUUGAAAACUCAGACUCUUCAAGUCAUGAAAAGGUUGCUGAAGCCAAAGGAAAGAUUCUUGGUCAGAAAGCUUCUUCACAAAAUCAGAGCUUUUUUAAUUACAGGAAACAUCUUUUUUCUGAAAGCAACAAUGAAAAUACAAGCACUGGUCAGAGUGAAAAAAGCUGGAUUCUUGACUCUCAGAUACAGUCGGUGCCAAAAUCUGUUGACUAUACCCGAAAAAGAACGAGGACGAGAAGUAAAUUGAAAGUGCUUCCAAUGUCUUCCGCAAGUAGUGGCAGUGACUACGCAUCAAAGAAGGGGGGAGAAUCAAGGAAAAGAAUUAAAAAGGAGAUGCUAAGGGAAAAAAGCAGAUUUAGCGCCAAGGGAGUUGAUUUACCUGCAGUGGAUCAUGCUGAUGAAAUGCUCUCAAAAGAGCCCAAAGAGGAUUUGCUAUCACCUGGUGUGUCUGCCAGGGGCUAUUCCAGUGAUGUUGAGAAGGCCAUGCAGAAGUUACAUGAAGCACCUGGAAAUUUGACAAGAGAAGAAGAAAGUACUAAGCGGAGGGACUCAGAUAUAUUAGAAAGCACUGUCAUAAAAAAGCUUAAAUUUUCCAGCUGGGAGACAAAUCAUUCAUCUUCUGACACUAACUAUAAACCAAGGAAAAUUUUUGAUUCAGUAGAAGAGGAAGCAGAGAUCCAAAAAGGUCAGGAAAUGGAUGAUAGUGUGGAUGACGUGGUUUUUUCCAAGAUGCAACGUGAAGACUUCAGUCAUUCAGGAGUGAUUACUGCAUUUGAAAGCUUUGUUGACCAGCUGAAGAAACUGUUCUGGGCUCGGUACAAAAGGAUGGAGAUCAGCACACAGAAUGCCCUGAGGUCUUCGGAGAAGAACUUGUCUGCCCUGCUGAACCAGAUACACCAGUGCAGGCUUAAUAAACUUGAGACCUUCCAGAAGAUUGUUGUUGACGAGCUUUCCAGUCUUGAGAAGGAAACUCAAAUUUUGGCAAACAUGGAGAAGGAUGCAGUGGACUUCUGGAAUGCACAUCUGCUCAAGCUGAAUUCUUUCUGCAACCAGCAAAAACAAAGAAUUGAGUCUGUUGACUCAGCCGUGGGUGAAUCAGUGAAGAGUUUUGCCGACAAUAUCCAGAAUACAACGUAUGAACACCCAAUGAAGAAGGCAGAAGAAAGCAAUGUGUUCGUCGUUCCUUCUGACUAG